GACACAUAAACCAUUAAACCCCCUCCCACUACACAUAUAAUGUUAAAAGAAAAGAACCGAGAUGAUGAAAAUAUAGGGUCGAAGAUUAAGAAGCGAUAGGAUAGGAAAGGAAAGGAAGCAUGUUUUAUCUUCAAGCUCCCGCCGGAGGUACGAGCGCUUUAUCUACCCAAACACUUCAUCCCCCCAAAUUCAGCCCCCUCUUCUCCAGCCGUCGCCCCCAUUUCUUUUCUUCCACAUCUUUAUCUGAUCGCAGCAGAAGCAUUAUCAUCGUCAACGCCCAACCCACACCCACACCCACACCCAAUUCUGAGGAACAACCCAUCUCCUUGGUCAGUCAAGAAAACGUCCCUCUUGAAGGCGUCAUUCAAUUCGAAAAACCAGAUACCGCUUCCCGUUUCAGGAAAUGGGGUCAUGUUGCUCUCCUUUCUGGUGGUGAUGUGUUGGCCAUACUCUUGUUCUCCGCAAUAGGAAGAUUUAGUCAUGGUUUCUCUGUUUUUGAUGCUGAAACUUUGAAAACUGCUGACCCUUUUAUUGCUGGGUGGUUUUUGAGUGCUUAUUUCCUUGGUGGAUAUGGAGAUGAUGGGCGAGGGUUGAACGGUAAGACCAACGCCAUUACUGCUGCUGUCAAAUCUUGGGCUUUGGGUAUUCCUUUGGGAAUAAUUAUACGGGCUACAAGUAUAGGUCACAUACCCCCUACAAGAUUUAUUGCUGUAACAAUGGGUAGCACUGCUUUGUUACUUAUUGGAUGGAGAGCAUUGUUAUCCAACAUUUUAGCUGAGGAUAAAAACAAGAAGAACGAUGUAUACAAGCGUGGAAAUCCUUUUGAACUCUUUGAGUUGCUUACAUCAUUGGUACGAAGAUGGUGAGAGAUAAUAUGUUGCCCCUGAUUCAAGUUUAAAUUCAUACUCAUAUUGUAAAGUAUUGGUAAUUUUAGGCAACAAUGUUACAAAAUACUUUUAACCAGCUUGUUUCUCUUGAUACAGGUCUAGAUUGAAAGUCCAUUUGUGGGUUACAUUUUUAUGUCAAUAUGUUUUAGUCACCCUUGUAACGUGUAGCAGCACCCUAUCCACUCUUCAUUCCUAGCUUUUUUAUUGUAAGGCGGUUAAUGGACAAGUAGACAACUACAAAACAUUGAUGGGUUUGGUCCCAAUAGCCGCAGAUCUGCGCUCAUGUGGGAUUGGUCUUUUCCAUGUUUUUUAUUUGUAAUUGGAUUGUUUUAUAUGUUUCUUUAAGGUAAUUCGGUUUAACACA